AUGUCUUCUAAUUAUUUCUCCGAAAGUUCUUCUUCUAAUAUUAAUGAUUCUUUGAUGAACAGCAAUCCAGCAACUCCUCCAGAGCCCUCCGACACCUCAGCCCUUUCAGAAAGAUAUCAGGAUUAUUUUAUCGCCUCUGCCCAAAGAAAAAACCAAAGUAGGUAUGAUCAUUAUCCCCUGAGUAAGUCGGCCCUCCCGGAGUCCUUAAAGCAAUUCAAUGUCAAUUCUGGAAAUGUAUCUUAUCGUUUCUAUGACAUGGCUUCUUCAGAAGAUGUUAGAGAAUUCGAUCUUUCUCUAGUUCCACAGAAAAAUUCUCUUGUAUCUCAGCCUUCUUCUCUAUCAGAAAGAGUAAGUGUUCGUCAUCGUAAGCGGAUUUGCAGGAGAAACGAUGUUUCCUCUAUAUCGAAUUCAUAUGCCAUUCCUCCUUCUCCAAAAGUGGAAGCACCAUUAACUCCUAUUAGCCAGAGGGGAUCUCCUUUCUGUUCUUCUUCCCAGACUGAACCACUGAGUUUGACGUCAAUUGCUGAAAAGUAUCAAUCAUUGCCUGAAAACGUUCAAGCAUAUACCUUUUUUCAAAUGCUACGUUCUUGUGAACGGAGGAGCAUGCGGCCGCUCAUGAACAAAUGUGAGCUUUUGUUGAAGAAGGAUUUACUGGCACAUUUACCUAAUUUCAUUGUUCGCAAAAUACUGGGAUAUUUGGAUUUCCCGUCCUUUUUAACAGUAGCUCUUGUACAUAAAAAAUGGAGGGAUAUAAUUUCGUCAUUUACUUGGUAUUGGAGACUACAAUUUGAAAAUUCGGGAUUCUCCGUUGACUUGCAAGAUUGGAAUUAUGCUUAUCCUUUGAAACCUCCACCACCGUUUCUACAUAAUAAUCAUGUUGCUGAUGAAUAUUUUUACGAUAUUUUUAAAAGACAUUACUUAAAAAAGCAACGCUGGAUUUCUCCAGCUAUACCGCCAUCUCAUCUGUCUUUUCCUGUACACGAUUCGGACCGUAUGGUAACUUUCUUAAGGAUACAUAAAGACAAAAUAGUAAUAAGUUCAGAGUCUGGAAGUAUCCAGAUUCAUAGUGCCAUAACAGGAGCUUUGGAAGCCCGCUUGGAAGGUCAUAAAGAUGGCGUUUGGGCUGUCCAGAUACAUGGCAACACUCUUGUUUCUGGAUCUCUGGAUAAAACAAUUCGUGUAUGGAAUAUAAAAACCGGAGAAUGUACACAUAUUUUUCGAGGUCAUACGUCUACAAUCCGCUGUCUCGAAAUAUUGAGUCCGAAAAGAGUCUUUCGUGAUGGAAGAAUUGUUAUCGAGCCCUCGCGACCUUAUAUAGUUAGUGGUUCUCGGGAUCAUACUCUUCGAGUAUGGAAAUUUCCUGAGGAAAAUGAUCCUCGUUAUCUACCAAGUGAGUCUACAUCUAUUGAGCAAUGGGAAAAGAAUCCAUAUUAUGUUCAUACGCUCAUGGGACAUACUGAAUCAGUUCGAUGCAUUUCAGGAUACGGAGAUAUAUUGGUCAGCGGAAGCUACGAUUAUUCCAUAAGAGUCUGGCGUAUUUCUACCGGCGAUUGCUUAUGCCACUUGCGUGGGCAUACUCUUAGAGUAUACAGCGUUCUCUACGAACCGGAGAAGAAUCUUUGUAUCAGCAGCAGUAUGGACAAAACUGUGAAAGUAUGGGAUUUACGAACGCGAGCUUGCUUACACACCUUGGAAGGACAUUCGCUACCGGUUACAUUACUCAAUGUUGUACAAGAUAAGCUCAUUUCUGGCUCUGCUGAUUCAACGAUACGAAUAUGGGAUCUCAGCAGUGGUACUCAGCAAAUGGUAAUGUACGCGAACGGUGGAUAUAUACGAACUUUGCAAGGCGAUGAACAUAAAAUUGUUAGUAGCAAUGACGGAUCUUUAAAACUAUGGGACAUAAAGACGGGAAAGCUACUGAAGUAUCUAUUGACAGAUGUUUCAGGUAUUUGGCAGGUCCAUUAUGAUGAAAAUCGUUGUGUUGCAGCUGUGCAAAGGGACAAUCAGGCAUACUUGGAAGUUUUUAAUUUUUUUGGUCGUGAUUCAAAAAUGUGA